AUGGGAUUUUUGAGUGGUGUGCUUGGUGCGGUGAAAAACGAAAAUGAAGUGACAACUUAUGAUAAUUACAUUGAAAAGAAGCUUAAUGAAGUACUAGAUGAGGUAAAUAAUAAUAUUGGCUCCGGGCGUGAUGGGCUUGUGGAGGCUGUCGGCGCGGUGAAGGGGUGGUUGGAGGGGUAUGAUAAGAAAUUACAAGAAAAAACUAAUAAUGUUACUAAGCACUUAGAUACACUUAGCAAAAACAUUGAAACUAAUAUUAAUGAUGUUAAUAGCUUUAUUUCAUAUAAUGUAUUCCAGCAACGUGAUGCGUGCAGAUUGAUGGCGACGAAAAUGGCCGCCGAUGUCAAUCAGAGUAAAGAGGCGUUAAAACAGUUAGACAACAACGCACAAAACAUGUUAACGCCGCCGUUAAAUUCAAUUCAUCAAGCCGUUGAUGCUUUCACUAAAUCAGCCGAAAAUAAUGACUUGCAGGUGUUGAACACGACAGUGAGAGAGCAACUUGCCAAUUUGAAAACGCUGCUCGAAGGUGAAGUCGCGGCGCGUGUGAACGAGAUGGCGACGAAUAUAGAUAAUGCUUUUGAAAAGAAAAUCCAUGGUCCACUGAAGCAAAUUAAUAGCGAAUUGGGACGAGUGAAAGUUGCGUUGGAGGGAUGGAUAUCCAAGGCCAAGAAGGUUGUUAAAGCCGCUAUGAAUAAGUGUAAUGAAAUUAUUAAGAAACUGGAUGGUACAACUGGAACGGAUGAUCCAGAGAAAAGAAAAGCGGUAGAAAUCGCAGCCGAAGCUUUAAGAGCAAAGGCACAAAAACUUUUCGAUGCUGCGGACAGCGUUAAGAACGAAAUCGGCUCAUGGGUUGGCAACGCGACGGGAAAAGUUGGCGACCUUGAUUUGGCAUUGCGGAAGGAUCUAUAUGACAUUAAAAAUUCAAUUAAGGAAUCAAUGUGGGAUUAUAUUACUGUCGACAUUCUGCCGCAAUUUAAUGUAGUUAAGGAUAAGGUAGGAGAAAAUGAAACGCGUAAAACAAAGGAUGCAGGUAAUAUAAAUCAUAAUUGGGAGGAGUUGAAAAAGAAAAUUACGGAGUAUAGUAAUGAUAUAUAUAAACAUGAAAUGAAUGGUGUAUCAGGUCAUAUUGCAAGAAUUAUUACCAAUAUGGGUACGUACGCUGGUAAGUUCACUGAAGAGGGAUUUAAGGCAACUGUAAAGGAAUGGAUUAUAAAUAUUGUGAACGACGAAAAUGAAUACGUGAAUGAUAAGCUACAAAAAUAUUUGGAGAACAACUAUGGUCAGGUGAGUCAUACUUAUAAAAAUGCCGACGGCACCAAUGAUAUAACUGAUACAUUCAGAAACCUGAUUGCACAGGUGAUUGUACAAAAGCUUCAAAACGAAGUAAUUAAGGAUAUAGAUCGAAUGGUCACACCUUUACUUGAAGCUGCCGAUGACAAGAUUAAUCAGUACCUCCAAGCUGUUCAAAUGGGUUGUGAUCAAUUAGCCGGCGGACUCGAGGGUGUGAUUGAAGCUAAAAGAGUUGCUCAGAUGAGUUACGAUGAU